AUGUCGCGCCCUGAAGACAUCCUACCCCCGGAUCUAUAUUAUGGGGAUCGCGAAGCCGGUCGUUAUAAUACCUCAAGCCGCGUAAAAAAGGUGCAAGCAGAGAUGAGCCAUAGAGCACUUGAGCUGCUCGAUUUACGGACCCCGUCCCUUAUCUUAGACGCUGGCUGUGGGUCUGGUCUAUCAAGUCAAAUCGUCUCGCAGGCCGGUCAUCAAGUGAUCGGCCUUGACGUCUCGGCAUCCAUGCUACAGCUUAGUUUAGAGAAAGACGAUGAGGCCGUAGACCUUUUUCUAUCAGACCUCGGACAAGGCGUUCCAUUGCGCGCCGGAUCACUAGAUGCAGCGAUCAGCAUCAGUGCAAUCCAGUGGCUGUGCAAUGCAGAAUCGAGCGAUGUCAGCGCUGAGGGCCGCUUACGGAGAUUUUUCGAGGGCCUCUAUGCUAGUCUUCGACGCGGGGGCCGCGCAGUCUGUCAAUUCUACCCAAAGAAUGAUGCUCAGCGAAGCAUGAUCAGUGGAGCCGCGAUGAAGGCCGGUUUCGGAGCAGGUAUCCUAGAAGACGAUCCUGGAACGAAGAACAGCAAGUUGUACCUCGUUCUCACUGUUGGUGGCGGCGGGCUGCAGGGUGACAUUACCGGGAUUGUGAAUGGCAUGAGCGAUGUCGACGUCCUUGAUGCCAGAAGAAGCGCCACGGAAAAGGGGCGAGCACUGCCCUCUCGGAAAGGCGACAAGGCUUGGAUUAUGCGUAAGAAAGAACAAAUGACCCGGAAGGGCAAGGUGGUCAAAGCAAAUUCGAAAUACACCGGCAGAAAACGGCGCCCUGCAUUUUGA